AUGUAAUCUAGUUAAAGAAUAUUUUAUCAACCCAUAGAAGCAUUUUGUUCAACACUAUUGUGCAAAAUUUGCAAUAAUCUCACCAUCGAUCCAGUUGAAUGUACUCAAUGUGAAAAUCUCUAUUGCAAAGAAUGUUAUCAAAUUUCUAAAUCAUCAUAUGAUAAAUGCCCAGACUAAAAUUGUGCUGGACCCUUUACAACUAAAUAACCUCAUCGCAUUGUUAGGGAUUAGCUUUCUAAAAUAUCAUUUCGAUGUUUCAAUCAUAAUGAAGGAUGUAAAAUUGUAAUGGCCCAAGAAAAUGUAAUUAAACAUAUGGCAGAGUGUCCAUAUCAAUAAAUUUCAUGCAAAUGUGGAUAAAACAUAUUGAGAACUAACCUCGAAUCACAUAAAAAUAUAUGCCAUUAUCAUAAAACCUAAAAUUGCCCUGUGUGCUAAUAAAAUGUGACUUUGUAGGAUCUAAAGAGUCAUAAAUGCUUAUAAGAACUUACACAAAUGAUAAAAUAAUUAUAAGAGAAAUUUUAAGAUUAUAAAGAAGAGUCUAAUUAUGCUAUAAUUGAAAUUAAAAAUUAAUAGAACGAUAGAGAUAAUUAAUUGGCUUAAGCUAAAUAAUAAUUGUAGUAUCUGCAAGAUGAAAAUAGUCAAUUAAAAAUUGAACUACAAACUAAAUUAUUGAAGUUUAAAGAGAAUAUAGAAAAAUAUGAUUAAUAAAGAAAACAUUAAAUGGAAAAUUAAGAAUAAUAGUAAUAAGCUAAAAUGAUAUAGAAUGGAGAAUUGAUUGAUAGCAAUUAAUAGUUUUGCUCUAAAAAUCACAAAUUAAGUUUUUGGAAAAAACCUUCAGGUGAAGAAAAGAGAAAGAAUUGUUCAAAAUGUUUAAAACCAAAUACUACUUGUAGAUAUUUUUGUCAAUAAUGUACAACCUUUAUUUGCUUUAAAUGUUUGUUUCCUGAAUUAAAAUUUGAAAAAUAAUCAAUGAAACCUUCAUGCUCUUCUAAGCAUUAAAUGAAUCAAAUCUCUGAUGAUUUUAGAUGUUCUGCGUGCGACAAAAAAGGGGAAGACAUGAUUUAACCAAUUGCUUUUUACUGUGCUUAAUGCGAAUUAAGAAUAUGCUUCUAAUGUAUUAAAAACAAAAAGUUUAAAGAGAUUGAUUGA